AUGGAUGAACUUCCAUGUCCACAUGCUUGGGCGGUUUUGAAGAACCAACAGCUGAAACCUGGCCAGUAUUGCUCUUUUUACUACAAGAAGGAUAACCUCCUUAGAACUUAUGAAUUUCUAGUGAAUCCGCUGCCAGAUGAGAGUUUAUGGAUAAUCCCAACAGAGGUGCUGGAAGAUGUGGUCCUACCACCUAAAGGGAGAAGGAAUGCAGGAAGGCCAAGAAAGGAAAGACUCAAACCUGCUUCAGAAAAAGAGUGCUCCAAUUCCUUUCGCAACAACAAGAAGAAGCCGGUUGUGGAAGCAAUUUGUAAGCCAAGCUUUGCAAAAGUGGAGCGUUUAUACCGUGGUUAG